CCGCUCCGCGCGCUGCUGUUCCUUUCCUCAAGAGUAAACAAUAAGACGCGGCUUCCACCUUCCCUCGACGCUGUGGUGUCUGUGUUGGCUACUGCUCUAUUGACUGUCCUGGUCAUCCCAGUUAAAUUUCACUGCCUCUCUGAAGUAAAAGCCAGUCACACCCACUGAAGCAUUUACAGUCAGGCAUCCAUAGUUACAUGCAGUCACGGGCAACCACAGUCAUUAAUAGCUGAGCAGACCAAAGGUUAAAGGGUUUAAGCUCCUACUGUCAGCAAAAGAAUAAUACCUGCAGUGCCAACACCCAGUAGCAUUAGAGCUCAUGUAAGUGUCACAUAUACUGCAUACAUGAUAUGUCAUUACUGACAUGAAGCACAGUGUCAGAUAUAAUACAUGUUGUUGUCAGCAGCAUCAUGAAACUCAUUAUGGUGUAAGAAAUAUUACAUGUAGAUGGGUAAGACUGUCUUGAGCACACUCAUGUGAAUGACUACAUGUAUUAUCAACAUCUCAAGCACUAUGGCAACAAAGGAAAUGUGUAUUUAAAUACAAAUUUGGUGUAUCAUUAAUUUUAAAAUCUCAGUAUUUAUUAAUGUAUGUGCAUGUGCUAUUUAUGUUGUUAAUACUUUUGAAUUAUUUAUUUUUAUAGGGUACUUUUAUCCUCAGGUCCUAAUGUAAAAAAGUUUAAUAUAUAUUUUCCAUUUUAAAACAUUACACACUUUUUCUCCUAAGUGAGCUAUUGUAAAUGUUGAGGGAGCAUUAACAAAUAAAUAAUCCUUAUUCUGUGUGGUAAUUAUGAUUUUUUUAUUAGGUAAAUUACUCUCUAAGCUCAAAAGGCUCACCAAGUAAGACAAUAUAUGUGUGUUCUUAAUGCUCAGAAUUUAUUUAUGUAUUUACGUAUUAACAUUAAGAUAUAGGCGAUUUAAAAAUAUUAUCAGUAUGCACAUAGUACAUUGUAUUGGUAAUUUCUUGUUAAAAUCACACACACAUACGUAUUUACAGAAAUGACAAAACACAUGAUGGCCCAUUAUACCUGACCCUUGUGCUGUGGCUAUAUUUAUAAUAAGACAUCCAUCAGUUCUGUGGGUAUUUAUAAUAAGACAUCCCUUAGUUCUGUGGUUAUACUUGUAAUAAGACAUCCAUCCCAAAUUCUAUGGUUAUACAGUAUUUAUAAUAAGGCAUUUCUCAGUUCUGUAAUUUUGUUUAUAAUGAGACAUCUCAGUAUUGUGGCUGUAUUUAUAAUAAGACAUCCCUCAGUGCUGUUCCUGUAUGUAUAAUGAAACUUCCUUCAGUGCUAGAGCUAUAUUUAUGAUGAGACAUACUUAUAUAUAACAUAAUACUGUAUAUAUAAUAUAUUUUGUUUACGAUACAAAGACAUUUAGUUAAAUCUUAAACAAAGAAAAAUCUUGCCACAGGAUUUGUUUGGCAUUUUUACAAAGCUGUACACAGACACAAACUUUUAUGCUGGUGAACAAAUGUGGAAAAGUACACUUGGCUGUUUGCUUUUACACUUGCUGAUUCAAGGGAAACAUUGUAGAGUAUAUUUUACUCUUGCAUAUUUUCUAAUAUAAUAAGCACAGUAUUAUGUUACUAUUUAUGAAUGAUACCAGUGGCUUACAUAUUGUACAAUUUUUCCAUUCUUUUGUUUCUUUGACAAGUAAUUAAAUUGCUUUGUAUUACUACAAAAGAGAAUUAGAUUAUUCCAACUGCUUGAUAUUGAUUACCAUCUGUUGACAACAGAGGUGAUACUAUGACCUGGGUGCUCUAUUCUGGUUGCUCUAUACUGAUAGCCAUGUAGUAACUUGAAUUAUUUACGCAUCCAACAGUCUAAGUGUUUUUAGCAUCUUUUAAGAAUAUUUGCUUUAGUAAUAAACAAAAGGUAAUGUAGUUUAGGUCAUCACGAAUAUGUUACUAAGAUUUUUCUCUAGUAUAAAAAUACAAGAAUUUAUUUAGGAGAGAAAUACUAAUAAUAAUUGUCUAUAAGACCUAACUAAUGAAAUGUAGGAUAUUUUACUAGAUGAUACUUAGGGUUUUUGGAUCAAAUAACUUUAAAGGUCUAUACUGUACAUUCAAGUAAACUACAAAUAUAUAUUCAAAGGCAAAACAUCAUCAGUGUUGUAUGCUCCAAAUUAUUUUAUGAAAACAUCUUGCAUAAUAGCAUACAAAAACAUUUAUUGAGAAGAAAAUCAAUAUUUUAUAUUCAUUGUCUAAACUACUUUAAAUUUUUUUUUAUUUAAAUGAGUGCCACUUCAGAAGAAAAGCCAUAUCACUGUAGAGUAUGUCUAAAAGACUUUAAAUAUAAAUCAUUGCUAAUAACACACAUGAGGAUUCAUACAGGUGAGAAACCAUAUCACUGUUCAGAGUGUCAAAAUGGUUUUUCACUAAAAGCAAAUCUAAUAAGACACAUGAGGAUUCAUACAGGUGAGAAACCAUAUCACUGUUCAGAAUGUCAAAAAGGCUUUUUAAACAAAUCACAUCUAAUAACGCACAUUAGGAUUCAUACAGGAGAGAAACCAUAUUACUGUUCAGAGUGUCAAAAAGGUUUUUCACAAAAAUCAAGUCUAAUAACACACAUGAGGACUCAUACAAGAAAGAAACCAUAUUACUGUUCAGAGUGUCAAAAAGGUUUUUCACAUAAAUCAAGUCUAAUAACACACACAAGAAUUCAUACAGGAGAGAAACCAUAUUACUGUUCAGUAUGUCAAAAAGGCUUUUUAAACAAAUCAUCUCUAAUAACACACAUUAGGAUUCAUACAGGAGAGAAACCAUAUUACUGUUCAGAGUGUCAAAAAGGUUUUUCACGUAAAUCAAGUCAAAUAACACACAUGAAGAUUCAUACAGGAAGUAAAUCAUAUCACUGUUCAGUGUGUCAAAAAGUUUUUUUGCUAAAAUCAAAUCUAAUAAGACACAUGAGGAUUCAUACAGGAGAGAAGCCAUAUUACUGUUCAGUGUGUCAAAAAGGUUUUUCACAUAAAUCAACUCUAAUAACACACAUGAGGAUUCAUACAGGAGAGAAACCAUAUCACUGUUCAGUGUGUCAAAAAGGUUUUAAAAGUACAUCAAAUUUAAUAGCACACAUGAGGAUUCAUGCUGGAAAGAAGCCAUAUCACUGUUCAGAGUGUCAAAAGGACUUUUCAAGUAAAAUAAGUCUAAUUCAACACAUGAGGAUUCAUACAGGAGAGAAGCCAUAUUACUGUUCAGAGUGUCAAAAAAGUUUUUCACAAAAAUCAUCUCUAAUAACACAUAUGAGGAUUCAUACAGGAGAGAAACCAUAUCACUGUUCAGAGUGUCAAAAAGGCUUUUCACAAAAAUCAAUGCUAAUAAGACACACAAGGGUCCAUACAGGAGAGAAACCAUAUCACUGUUCAGAGUGUCAAAAAGGCUUCUCACAUAAAUCAAGUAAAAUAAGACACAUGAGGAUUCAUACAGGUGAUAACCCAUAUCACUGUUCAGAGUGUCAAAAUGGUUUUUCACUAAAAGCAAAUCUAAUAAGACACAUGAGGAUUCAUACAGAGGAGAAACCAUAUCACUGUUCAGAGUGUAAAAAAGUUUUUUCACAAAAAUCGGCUCUAAUAAUACACAUGAGGAUUCAUACAGGAGAGAAGCCAUAUCACUGUUCAGAGUGUCAAAAAGGCUUUUCACAAAAAUCACAUCUACUAAGACACAUGAGGAUUCAUACUUGAGAGAAACCAUAUCACUGUUCAGAGUGUCAAAAAUACUUUUCACAAACAUCAAAUCUAAUAAAUGCAAGAGGAGUCAUACAGUUUAAAUGCAUUUGAAUAUUGUGUCUAAAAUGCUUUUCAUGUAUACCAAGUACAGUAAGACAUAUAAAGCAUGAUAGAAUUUACAUUUAGUUAAUCUUAGUAGUUGAUAGAGUUCAGAAGUGAUUCAGUAACAGCAGUUUCUUUGUGUCGAGUCAUUUUCUGCACCUUAUUUUGACUUAAUUCUGGAAUGAGUUUUGUUGCUCUGAUAAGCUUUCUCCAAAGCAAAUAUGGGCCUCCUGAAGAGCAAGCUUCAUGUGGAUACAGUAGUCCCGAUGGAGGUUAAACCGGUAACUAGUUCGGUUGAAUAGCCACUUUCUUUUCUUUGAAGUCAAAGGUUUGUUUUUAUUAUUCCUAAAGUAAUUUUUUCUUCAGCUCCCACCCCUCCCCAAGUGCUGGAGGUUUGGGCAUGAUGCCCUCCGCUGCUCUGGGACUGUCUCUCUCUGUCCUUUGUGUGGGGGCGAAGGUCACUCUUAAGUCGGAGUGCACUUCUCCUCAGGCUCGUUGCCUCAA